AUGGGUUCUUCAGGUAAGCCCUUGUCUGUCGGUGACAAUUCCGGUGAUGGCUUUCGGCAGGAUCUUUUCAUUCAAAAUCAUUUCCUUCGAAACUAUCCUUCAGUUCCCCCAAUUUUCUUACAAAAAUUAUCCUUCGUUGUCAACCCAGAAUUUGAAUUCAUCUUCCUUGACAAAAACCUCAGCGGAUCAUCCACUGUGCCCUUUCAAACCUUAACUUUUGUAAAUGAUCCUGCAGGUAUAAAGAUUGAACAAUCUUGCAACGGUCUACUUAUCUGCAGUAGCUUCAGAAUAAACAGUAAUGGGCGCACUUAUUAUGUCUACAAUCCAUCAACAAGGCGUAGCAAGAGUAUUAGCGGGUCAUCUCAAGUUGUAGGAGAUGAGUUUCAUUCUAUCUGUAACGUUAGUUUAGCGUUCAAUCCUCUCAAAUCACCUCACUAUGAAGUUGUUCGUAUUUGGGGAAGUGAUUCAAAUAAAUAUCAAACGGAAAUCUACACGUCUAAAACAGGAUCUUGGAGGGUUCCUGGAGUUGUAUUCUCUGCACCCAUUGAUGAUGCAUUUGGUAGGUCUGGUGUAUAUUGGAAUGGUUGCUUGCACUGGAUCAGUUUAAGAGAAUCAUCUCUUUAUUACGAUAUCAAUCAAGAAAUGUUCAAAACAUUGCCAAUGCCGCCGAUUCCAAAUGAGCGGGAUAGGAGGAGGAUCGAAAUUAUCGAAUACUUCGGAGAGUACAAAGGUCGUAUGCAUCUUAUUGAGAUGUAUGGUCCAUUCAGUACAAGUUUCGAUAUUUUGCAUAUGGAAACUGAUUAUUCAGGGUGGAAUGUAAGAUACCGCGUUAAUUUGGAAGGACUGGCUACUUCAUAUCCGGGAAUGGUUAGGGACAUUGUUGAUGUUUCAGAGUACUUUUAUCUUCUUGAUUUCUCCAUACUGCUGGUAGCUGAAAAUGAAGAAGAGAAAGACGAGCCCUCGUCGCUAGUUAUAGUUGUACCGGAUAAUAAAGUUAUUUCUUACAAUCUCAAGGAAAUGAAUUUCAAGAAUAUUCACACAUUAUCGCCAGGCAUUCAUGCACGUUACCGGUGGUUUGACGCUUAUCGAUACGUUGAAACACGAUCUCAAGUUUGA